AUGGAGACACCCCAGUUAACUCAGCAGAACGUGUGGUUAUGUUCCCGGUGGACGGCAGUCCUCAUUCUGAACGAGCAUUCAACUGAACCGGCGUAUACGGCUCCAGUGAUUGGACUUGGUGCAAAAGCUCCUUCCCUUCCGGAUGUUGCCCAAUUAAUGAAGGAGAGUAUUUCGGCCGGUGAGAAAAUCGGACAUCAGUGCAUGCAAAGAGCGAACAAACCAGGUCCUGCGCUGGUAAACUUCAUAACUGAGCACAAAGCCGAUAUGGUGGUUAUGGGUAAUCGAGGUAUUGGAGCUCUUCGGCGAACAUUUUUGGGAAGUGUGAGUGAUUAUGUUUUGCACCACGCUCACGUACCAGUGGCAAUUAUUCCACCCCAUAAAAGUGAAAACAAGUAGCCUGUGAAUCUCAGGUUACUUCAAACCAUG